AUGAACACUCACCAGGGCUACAGAAAUUCAUUGGCAGAUUCGAUGUCAGGGGAUGCGACGAAGUAUAAUCUGCGAUGUAAUCGAAACAUCAGUGAAAAGAUGACGAAGAAGGAUUUCGUGUACGACAUCCGUCCACCGAUUCAAAGUUCUAGAAAGUUGGAAGAAGGUAAAUUGCCAAUCGUAUUACCGCUACAGCUGCGACGUAAACAAAGUCUCGACUCGAAAAUACCACAGUACACGGUGAUUUCGGAAAAGAACAACUACAGAAGUAGCGGCGACGCCACGAACCUUUCAGAGCAGCGACCAUUGGGAUUCGAGUGCAAUUUCUGUCACGAGCAAAUUGCCACUUUGCUAUCGCUAUCGACACACGUCAAGUUUCAUCGUCGAAGAUAUUGCAAGUACUGUUACUGGAUACUGUUGGAGAACGAAACGAUGGACGAUCACAUCGAAAGUGUACACCCAAUCGAUUUAGGAAUUACAACGAACGUCUAACGUGUGUGUUGGCUUCUGUGCCAAGAUUUCAGUGUACCAAUCUACCGAUUUCCUGUUUAAUGUCCCGA